AGCCAAGAUUCUUCACUACUGCUGUCUCCUGGGCACCUAAUCCUCCUUUGAAAUUCACUGUCACCACUGUUCCCUAGACAACAUGGAUGUGGAGGAAGAUGAAUUGUCUCUGCUGACUGCACUGCUGGAGGAAAAUGAGUUAUCCUUGGAUUGUAAUUCAGAAGAAAGCCGCCCCUCGACCCAGGAUGAUGGUAAACCUGAUGCAUUUGAUGAGCUCUUCGAUGCUGAUGGUGACGGUGAAUCUUACACAGAGGAUGCUGAUGAUGGUGAAGUGGAAAAGACUCAAGACCAAAAGGAAAACUUGGCUACUGUCUUUGGAGAUAUGGGGGACUUAUCAGAUGAAGAAGUUGUUCCUGCAUUGCAGUCAACUAAAAACAAAGCCCUCCCUGCUCCUGCUCCCAAUCAAGGGAAAACUAAUCAAGAGUUACAAGAUGAAUUAAGGAAGUUGCAAGAGCAAAUGAAGUCCUUACAAGAACAGCUAAAAAUGACAACAAUUAAACAGCCUGCAAGUCCAACCUGUCCACAUAAAUCUCCUGUAGAUAAGUCUCCACGUCCCCCUCUCAAGGAGAAGAAAGUUCAGAGAAUUCAGGAGUCGGCAUGCUUUUCUGCAGAGCUUGAUGUCCCUACUCUGCCAAAAAUCAAGCGGGUGGCUCGGACACCAAAAGUUUCACUUGCAGAGCCCAAAAGCUCACCUUCAAGGAUGACAGGUGCACCCUCCCAGCCGCUCCGAAUGACUCAUGGGAACAAACCUAGUGGGAUGACUAGAGAUGAGGGUGCAGGGGCCCCCAGGAGUUCUGGGGACACGGCUCAGCCGGUCAGCUUAGAAGCCUUCUCCGGCCUGAGGCUCAGACGGCCUCGAGUGUCCUCCACAGAAAUGAACAAGAAAAUGACUGGUCGAAAACUGAUCAGACUGUCUCAGCUCAAGGAAAAGAUGGCAAGUGAGAAGCUGGAAGAAAUAGACUGGGUGACAUUUGGGGUUAUAUUGAAGAAAGUCACUCCGCAGAGCUGUAAUAGUGGAAAAACAUUUAGCAUCUGGCGACUGAAUGAUCUUCGCGACCUGACGCAGUAUGUGUCAUUGUUCUUGUUUGGAGAAGUUCACAAAGAACUCUGGAAGACUGAACAGGGUACCGUCAUAGGGCUACUCAAUGCUAACCCCAUGAAGCCCAAGGAUGGUUCAAAGGAGGUGUGCUUAUCUAUUGAUCAUCCUCAAAAGGUCUUAAUUAUGGGUGAAGCUCUUGACCUGGGAACCUGUAAAGCAAAGAAGAAGAGUGGAGAACCAUGUACACAGACUGUCAAUUUGAAGGACUGUGAGUACUGUCAGUAUCACAUCCAGGCCCAGUAUAAGAAGCUCAGUGCCAAGCGAGCUGACUUGCAGUCCACCUUCUCAGGAGGGCGCAUUCCAAAGAAGUUUGCCAGCAAAGGAAUCAGCCUGAAAGAACGGUUGUGUCAGGAUGGUUUUUACUAUGGAGGAGUUUCUUCAGCAUCUUAUGCAGCCUCAAUGGCUGCAGCUACCGCUCCUAAAAAGAAGAUUCAAACCACUCUGACUAAUCUGGUUGUGAAGGGCACAGAUUUGAUCAUUCAGGAAACUCAACAAAAACUCGAAAUAGCCCAGAAGAGCUUGUCUUGCUCUGAGGAAUUCAGAGAAUUGAUGGACUUGCCUACAUUUGGAGCCAGAAACUUGAAACAACAUUUAGCCAAAACCAAGUCAUCAGGGAUCAUGGGGAGCCCAAAACCUACCUUUCAGUCUAUCUCUGCAUCAGCCCUCCUGAAGCAACAGAAGCAGCAUAUGUUGGAGAUGAGGAGAAAGAAAUCAGAAGAAAUCAAGAAACGAUUUUUGCAAAGCUCCAAUGAGGUCGUGAGCCCAGCUGUGCCAUCAUCUUCUCAGCAGCCCCCUUCUCAGUCUCCACCAACAGGGGCCAAGUUCCCCAGGCUGGAAGCAACCUCAGCCACACAGGCACCCAAGCUGGGGCGAGGUGUCUCAGAAGGAGAUAAUGUUCUCUUUUUUGAUGAGUCACCACCUCCAAAACCAAAACUGAGUGCUUUAGCAGAAGCCAAAAAGUUAGCUGCUAUAACCAAAUUAAGGGCAAAAGGACAAAUUCUUUCAAAAACAAAUCCAAACAGCAUUAAAAAGAAGCAAAGUGACCCCCAGGAUAUCCUGGAAGUGAAGGCGCGUGUGGAAAAGAAUACCACAUUCUCUUCUCAAGCUGAGGAUGAACUGGAACCUGCCAGAAAAAAAAGGAGAGAACAGCUUGCCUACCUGGAAUCUGAAGAAUUUCAGAAAAUUCUAAAAGCAAAAUCGAAGCACACAGGGAUCCUAAAAGAGGCCGAGGCUGAGCUGCAAGAACUCUAUUUUGAGCCACUGGUGAAAAAAGAACAAAUGGAAGAAAAGAUGAGAAACAUCAAAGAAGUGAAAUGUCGAGUAGUGACAUGCAAGACGUGUGCCUACACCCACUUCAAGCCUGUGGAGACCUGCGUCCGUGAGCAGCAUGACUACCAUUGGCAUGAUGGCGUGAAAAGGUUUUUCAAGUGUCCCUGUGGAAAUAGGUGCAUCUCUCUUGACAGGCUUCCCAAAAAGCAUUGCAGUAACUGUGGCCUCUUCAAAUGGGAAAAGGACGCAAUGCUAAAGGAAAAGACAGGUCCAAAGAUAGGAGGAGAAACCCUUUUACCAAGAGGAGAAGAACAUGCCAAAUUUCUGAAUAGCCUUAAGUAGCCCUUACUUCAGACAGAUAGCCACAACCUGCAUGGCUUCUUGUGGUUCCGGGAAAGCAAGGAUUGGUUCUCUGUGGCCCAUGUUCCUGAUCCAUUGUGUUGAUUGGACACCAAAUUCAACAUUGACCUUUACGUGGAAAAUGAAGAUUUCAUUAUUUUCUAUGUUCUUAGGACUAAGGGCUAUAUUCACACACAUUUU